GCUUCCCUUCCUCGCGAAGGUCAUCAGCUCGAAUUGCAGGAGUUCUGGUCUACCGGAAAACCCAUCUCUCUGAAUUUCGCCGUUGAUCCGCAUACUCCGUCGGAUUUCGGAAUGGCGGAUUCUCCUCCUCGAAGGAACUCACGGUCUCCAUCUCCUUGGAGAGACCGGUCAAGGUCUAGAUCCCGGUCUAGGGCCAGGUCCAGGUCCAGGUCUAGAUCAUUGGAGCAGCCGAAGCAUAGAUCACGCUCUCGCAGUCGUGGCAGGGGUCGUGACAGGGUUGAGGCUGUUAAUCCAGGAAAUACUCUCUAUGUGACUGGCCUCUCUACAAGGGUAACUGAAAGGGAACUAGAAGAUCAUUUUGCCAAGGAGGGAAAGGUGGCCUCAUGUUUUCUUGUUGUGGAGCCCCGCACGCGCAUUUCUCGUGGUUUUGCUUUUGUCACCAUGGACUCUGUUGAAGAUGCAAACCGUUGUGUUAAGUAUCUGAACCAGUCCGUUCUGGAAGGACGAUAUAUAACUGUGGAAAAGGUUGUACUCAGUAGAAAUUGCAUCAGCUUUUUGGCAGCAAUCAAAGAUGAUCAGUUCAUCCAUGUCAGCUUAGUGAAACAGCUUGAUCCAUGGACAGCUGAAUCAGCUCAUUUCAAAUGCUUGUGAUCAACUAACAUAGCAACUAUAUUGUUCAACCCUACACAACUUCAGCAUUCAAUUUCAACUCAACUAAUCAACGGACGUUUCCAUCAACUUUCUAAUCAGGCUUAUGGUAUUGGAAACCUGGCACCUCAUUUAAUGGGAAACUAUGUAGUAGCGAUUCUCCUUUUCUUUUGGUGGAACUUUUUUUUCUCCUUCCUUUUGGCUAUACAUCUGUAUAUAUGCACCUGCAUUUCCUCCACCGUGCAGGUUUUUGUGAGUGUUUGUGCUUGUUGAAAUUAGCGUUUUCUAUGUUACUAAGAAGAGAUUGUUAGUCAUGGUAAGAAAAAACAACUGAAGUGAUUUCUCAUUGUCGUGCAGUCACGGAGGAAAAGACCAAGGACUCCAACUCCAGGACAUUAUCUCGGUCUUAAGAACACAAGGGACGAUGGGCCUCGUGAUCGCGAUCGUGGUAGGUACCGAGGGGGCAGUAGCGGCAGCGGCUAUGGUUAUGAUGAUUACCGUAGGUCUCCGAGGCAUGAUGACUACCGUAGGUCUCCGAGGCGCUCCCCAUAUGGAGGCGGUCGUGACUAUUCUCCUCCUCCGAGGCACUCCCCCUAUGGCGGUGGGAGAUCAAGGAGGUACCGAUCCAGGUCACCUUAAGAGCUCUCUCUUAUGUUCUCUUGAGUUUUCAGAGAGGAACACCAUGGAUGUAGUCAUCCAGUGAGUUGGUUCAGAUAGCAGGAGAGGUGUUUGUACUUCGCUUGUACCUAAUGUGAGUCGGCUUGUGAUGAACAGGAUUAACCUUUUCAUUUUGUGGAUUGUUCUGUAUUGGUGUAACCCAAAAAUGCAGGCUGUAGUCGUUAUGUCAAGUUGUCAGACUGACUCUAUUAAGGUUGCUCUCCCUGGUCUUUAUUGUUCAUCGCUCGUGUUAAUCAGUCUGGAAUCUAUGGAUUGGUGUGUUCAUUUGCCUCUGGUGGUAGUAGAGAAAGUGGGGUUCGCGUAAACUGCGUAUUUCUCUUCAGCUU